AUAUAGUAUAGUAGUAGUGCACUAGUGCUGUAUUAUUUAAUUUCUUUUUCUAACUUUUUUGUUUUUCUUCCAUAUUACAUUAGUAUUAAUUUAUUACUCCAAAACGUAUCAAUCACACGUUUAAUCUAUAUGGAAGAAAACAAACAAAAAAUAUAAUAUAUCAAAUCUGAAAGAGCUCCACUAUGGACGGCACCGAAUAUAUCGCCACACACAUCACACCUUGCGUCUGCUUUCUCCUCCAAAAUUCUCAAGCGUUAAGAGAGAGGAGGCCUCGCCAGAACUUGAGGUUUCCCCUCACUAUUUGUAAGCAGUUUCGUGAUAAGACUUGGACAGGGUUUUGCUUUUUUGUUGACAGUCAAAAGCAGCAAGCAAGCAUGUUGCCAAAGCUCGAUCCAACAAACCAAAAAGCUUGUCUGUCUCUUCUUGAGGAUGUGACCACCAACGUAAAGCAGAUUCAAGAUUACGUCUUGGAGGCAAUACUUUCACGUAAUGCUCAAACCGAGUAUCUUAGAGGUUUCCUCAACGGUCAACUCGAUAAGGAAAGCUUCAAGAAGAACCUACCCGUUGUGACCUACGAAGAUAUCAGGUCUUAUAUUGAUCGUAUCGCCAAUGGAGAGCCGUCUGAUCUCAUCUGUGAUCGACCCAUCAGUGUACUCUUGGCCAGCUCGGGUACUUCAGGAGGAGUUCCAAAGUUGAUUCCUUUGACAACAGAGGAUUUGGAACAGAGGAAAUCGUUUACAUCUCUCUCUACACUUCUAAUCUACAAGCACAUACAAGGGCUUAACGAAGGAAAAUCUCUUAUGUUCUAUUUUGUGACCCGAGAAAGCGAGACUACCUCUGGUUUGAUGGUCAGGACUAUGCUAACUUCCUUUCUGAAAAGCUACAAACCUACCAACUCAUCUUUUUGGGAUCAAACACAUAUAAGCCCGCUUGCGAUUUCCACUUGUGCAGACACUACUCAGAGCAUGUACUGCCAAUUGCUUUGUGGGAUUGUAGAUCGAGAUAAUGUAGCUCGCCUCGGUGCAGCUUUUGCUUCUUCCUUCCUCAAAGUAAUCAAGUUCUUGAAAGAUCACUGGCCUGAUUUCUGCUCAAACAUUAGGACUGGCCGUGUCAGCGACUGGAUCACAGACGCUGAAUGUGUUUCAGGGAUCAGUAAGUUCCUCACCGCUCCAAAUCCGGAACUAGCGAGCCUGAUCGAGCAAGAAUGCAGUAAAACUUCAUGGGAGGCAAUAGUGACAAGACUAUGGCCAAAAGCAAAAUGCAUUGAAGCCAUCGUUACCGGCUCCAUGGCACAGUACAUUCCAUUGCUGGAAUUCUAUAGCGGUGGUCUUCCUGUGAUUUCAAGGUCGUACGUCACCUCUGAAUGUUUCAUCGGAAUCAAUUUCAAUCCCCUGUGUAAGCCUUGUGAUGUGUCCUACACUAUCAUCCCAUCUAUGGGGUACUUUGAGUUCUUAGAAGUCGAGAAAGACCAUCAAGAAGCUAGUCAUGAUUCCGCAAAACCUCUAGUUGUGGAUCUUGUUGAUGUUAAAGUCGGUCAUGAUUAUGAACCUGUUCUCACAACGUUUUCUGGUCUGUAUAGGUACCGUGUGGGUGAUGUUUUAAGAGUUACUGGUUUCUACAACAAUGCACCACAUUUUCGUUUCCUGGGAAGACAGAAAGUUGUUCUGAGCAUAGACAUGGACAAGACCUCUGAAGAAGACCUCCUCAAGGCAGUGACAAACGCGAAGCUCCUGCUUGAGCCACACGACCUAAUGCUCAUGGAUUUCACUAGCCGUGUGGAUUCAACCUCGUUUCCAGGACACUACGUACUCUACUGGGAACUCGGAAGCAAAGUCAAAAACGCGAAGCUCGAGCCUGACCCGAAUGUUUUGGAGGAAUGUUGCUUCAUCGUUGAGGAGUCUCUCGACGCUGUGUACAGAAAAUUAAGAAAGAAUGAUAAGAGCAUUGGACCACUUGAGAUUAAGGUUGUUAAGCCUGGCGCUUUCGACGAGCUCAUGAAUUUGUUCGUGUCUCGAGGCUCUUCUGUGAGUCAGUACAAGACACCUAGAUCGGUGACGAAUGAAGAUGCCUUGAAGGUAUUGGAGAAGAACGUUCUUUCCAAGUUCCUAAGCCGGAAAACUCCAACGUGGGAGUUACAUGAGCGAUACUCCACCCGCUAAAACCACCGUCACGUUAUUUGUGUGACAGGGGAAACAAUAACUAAGAAUUUUAAUAAGUUUAAAUAUUUCCAAUUUUCCCAUUGUUAUAUUACAAAAUCACAAUUAAGCUGAGGUCAAACUCAAUUGGUAAACUUAA